AUGUUAAGAAGAAGAACAUGGGGUAAGCCGAAUACCUGUCUUGGCCCUGGCCGUCGUCGAAAAGCAACCGAAGGGCCUACCUGGAGAAGGCAAAGCGCCGCAGCGAUGGGGACUGACGACCCACCAGUGACCGGAGAGUCCAUCACCGGCGACCGUUUAGAAACCAUCCGACAAGAAAUUUUAGUCGUCUCCCUCGCAACAGCAACCACCGACGCACAAUCCUCAAUCAUCAUCCACGCAUUCCUUCACCGACGUUCUUGUUCAGUCCACACAACUUUACUUGUCGUGGAGACUUUUUAUGUCUGUCCAACCAAGUUUUUGCCACCGGUCGUUCGUCUAUGUCCGACGCCGCUCAGAUUUCGCUCUUCGAGCAACAGGAAACCAGUCGAGUUUCACACGUCUGCCAUGUGCAGCACAAUGCUCUUCCAGAGUUUCGAUCAUUCAUCACACAACUCGGCCCGCCUACAACUAGUCGUCUAA